GGCGAAAGAACCCGCCCUCCGCUCGCGCAUAAUCCCCGAGCCUCCCUAAGGAGCGGCUGCGGUGGCCGAGCCCGCCCCUCUCCCAGGCUCCUCCGCGGCUGCCCGCUCGUCCGCCCUCCCUCCCCCUCCCUUUCCUUAUUCCCAGCCUCAAGCGAGGCGGAGUUGGUGAUUUGGUCGCUGUCGCCGCCACCUUCUCUCCGGCGCCAAGAGGGGAGACGCUUCCACCGCUCGGGGGCUUCCCGAGAGGACAACGACGGUGUGUGCUGGUGUGCGUUGCUGUCGCCGCCGCCGUUCCUGCCAGCGCCGAAGCCGCGGGAGAAGCGACCCGAAGAGCCACAAAGGAGCGCCGACGGCGAAGCCUGCGCUGCCAGCGGAGUCGCCAUGAGCUGGGGCACGGAACUCUGGGAUCAGUUUGAUAAUCUAGACAAGCACACGCAGUGGGGCAUUGAUUUCCUGGAAAAAUAUGCAAAAUUCGUUAAAGAAAGGAUAGAGAUUGAACAGAAUUAUGCAAAGCAACUGAGAAAUCUGGUGAAGAAAUACUGUCCUAAACGUUCAUCCAAAGAUGAAGAGCCCAGGUUUACCUCAUGUAUAGCCUUUUAUAAUAUUCUUAAUGAAUUAAAUGACUACGCAGGACAGCGUGAAGUAGUAGCAGAAGAACUGGGACAUAGGGUAUAUGGAGAACUGAUGAGAUAUUCCCACGAACUCAAAACAGAAAGGAAACUGCAUCUUCAGGAGGGCCGAAAAGCACAACAGUAUCUUGACAUGUGUUGGAAGCAGAUGGAUAAUAGCAAAAAGAAAUUUGAAAGAGAGUGCAAAGAAGCAGAAAAGGCACAGCAAUGUUAUGAGAGACUGGACAAUGAUACCAAUGCCACUAAAGCAGAUGUUGAAAAAGCAAAGCAGCAGUUAAACCUGCGUACACAUAUGGCUGAUGAAAAUAAAAAUGAAUAUGCUGCACAGUUGCAAAAUUUCAAUGGUGAACAGCACAAGCAUUUCUAUAUUGUCAUUCCUCAAAUAUAUAAGCACCUUCAAGAAAUGGAUGAACGACGAACCAUCAAACUUAGUGAAUGUUAUAAAGGAUUUGCAGAUUCUGAGCGGAAAGUUAUUCCAAUAAUCUCAAAAUGUUUAGAAGGAAUGAUUGCUGCAGCCAAAUCAGUUGAUGAGCGCAGGGAUUCUCAAAUAGUAAUAGACUCCUUCAAGUCUGGCUUUGAACCUCCUGGAGACUUUCCAUUUGAAGAUUACAGUCAACACAUUUACAGGACUGUCUCCGAUGGAACGAUCAGCACACCAAAACAGGAAGGGAUGAAAAUUGAUGCAAAAACCACUGUGGGCAAGGCUAAGGGCAAACUGUGGCUUUUUGGGAAGAAACCAAAGCCACAGUCCCCACCCCUUACCACUACUAGUUUAUACACGUCCAGUACUUCUAAUGGUUCCCAGUAUCCCAUAUUCUCCAUUGAACAAAUGCAUUAUUGCAUGAGUGAAAUAAAAACAGGGAAGCCCAGAAUGCCUUCUUUCAGAAGCCUCAAAAGAGGGUGGUCGAUGAAGACGGGUCCUUCCCAAGAAGAUUUCAGUCACCUGCCACCAGAACAAAGGCGGAAAAAACUGCAGCAGCGGAUCGAUGAACUUAACAGAGAACUACAGAAAGAGACGGAUCAAAAAGAUGCCCUCAUCAAAAUGAAAGAUGUGUAUGAGAAAAAUCCACAAAUGGGUGAUCCAGGUAGUCUUCAGCCAAAAUUAAUGGAAACCAUGAACAACAUGGACCGUCUCCGAAUGGAAAUCCACAAGAAUGAGGCAUGGCUUUCUGAAGUUGAAGGUAAAGUAGCAACAAGAGGAGACCGAAGGCACAGCAGUGACAUCAACCAUCUUGUAACCCAAGGAAGAGAGAGUCCUGAGGGGAGCUACACUGAUGAUGCAAACCAAGAAGUUCGAAGCCCACCACAGCAGCAUGGGCCUCAUAAUGAAUUUGAUGAUGAGUUUGACGAUGAUGAUCCUUUGCCAGCUAUAGGACACUGUAAAGCUAUCUAUCCAUUUGAUGGUCACAAUGAAGGUACCCUUGCCAUGAAAGAGGGGGAGGUUUUGUAUAUUAUAGAGGAAGAUAAAGGAGAUGGAUGGACAAGAGCUCGGAGGCAGAAUGGAGAAGAGGGAUAUGUGCCAACUUCCUACAUAGAUGUAACUCUAGAAAAAAACAGUAAAGGUGCAGUAACCUAUAUCUAACCUCCAGUCCAUCACCUUAUCCAUGAACAUUCCUUAAUGAAUCCUGAAGCACAUAAUUGGAUGGAGAAGUGUAAAACCAGUUAGGAGGCUUUUCAGUGUGUGAUCUACCACAGGAGCCCAAACUGAGACCUCAUUUUUGAAACUGGAAAACGUCUGCAUAUAACAGGUUGUUCUGCAGCUGUGUUCAGAGCCAUCUUUGUUUAAUUUCUCCGUGUGCUUUUAACUUCUGGGCUUUUAAGUGUUCUUUUUCAAUACAUGAUCAGGUCAUAUUUUAUUGGUUUUCGUAGUUUUAAUAUUCUUGUAAAGCUUAUCAAUUCCUUUUAAAAGAGCGUUACUAUUUUAGAAUGAAUUGUUUCAUUACAUUAGGGUAUACCAUCUCUGGGCAAUCCAUUUUUCCCUUACACCAGAGCUCAUUCCAGUGUCCAAGUAAUAACUUAAUUAAAUGAAAAUGAAGAUCGGCUUUAAUUUUUAUUUUCUGAACAGCAACUCUUCUUCUCAUUGCCCUGUGCCCAUUGGUGCAUUGCACACAUUUUGUAAGGACAGCCUGCAGUCUAAUGCAAUGUAAGGUUAUACAGAAACAAAAGGAAACUUUCAGGUGCAAGGGCACAUGCCGUUGCCUGCACGUAAUGGAACCUAGGGAGUUGUGAUGUAGGCUUACAAACAUUCCAGUUCUGUAAGUAUUUUUGCAGCUUUUCCUUUCCAAAUUGGACCUGUGAUUCUUAGAAAUGAUAAAUGCAGCAGAUUGCAAGAGGUAUAGCAACCAUAUAGCUUGGUGAUCUGCUCCUUUUUGCUCUUUCUAGUGUUGGGUGGGGAGUUUGUAUGCUUAUGUAUACACAACUGAAAACUCCCCACCUCUCAUGCCAACACUUGACACAUUUCUCUUGUUAAUUGUCUCUUCAAAUAGUGCAGAAAAGUUACAGCUGCUCCCUACAGGUCUCUUAUACUUGGUUCCAUUCAUUCCAUUAGGAAGUGCACAAAGGAAUAAAUGCAGAUCAGUUCCAUAUGUUAAAAUGAAAGGGUGAGGUCUUUGUACAUGGAAGUUUUCAUGCCCAAAAUGGAUCAUUUUAUCAGUGGAUCAUUUUAUCGGUAUCAUACGAUUAGAAUCAGAGUGUCUGAACUUGUAUUACUUGUGCUUAUACUUGUACAUUUUCACUUGGAUGCUAGGGAGCAUUUGGAAGUUAAAUUGCACUAAUUUGCUACUGAGUGAACUUCUAUCCAGAAAGUAUGAAGUGGGGAACCCUUGCAAAGGAUCUGAGCCAUUAUCUAGUAUAACCAUAAUAAUCUGAGGUGGAUUUUUUAAAAAUGACUGCUUCUCUUUUUUGAAUGGCCCCUGGUAAUUCUCUUCUGUUCUUUUUUUCCUCUCGGAUUGCAGGUUCCUGAAGCGGGUUUCUGAGAAAAUGGGCGAGAUGUUGAAGGAGGUUACAUGCAGCUGCUUUUUGGGGGAGGGUGUUAGGCCCAGCAAGAUGGGGGGAAAGCCAGUUGCAUGAAAGCAUGUAGGCAUAUGUUUCUCACUAACAAUGUUAGCAUUUCUCUGUGUGUUCAAAAUUGUGGUAAGCUAAAGCUCCAUUCCAACAGAACCAAACAACCCAAUCUGAAAACAUAUCCUUUCCGAAGUCUGAAGUUCUGAAACACUGGCUGUUUACCACUUGCAUUUUAUAUUGGCUGUUUCAGCUGCUUCCUUCUCCAUAUCCAUUUUAAAUCAGCAUUCAGUCCAAACCAUGUCACUGACAGUCUCUGCCUGUGCCACCUCCAUGCUCGCCCUAACCUUUUCCUGCAUGUCUAGAUACGCGUCGGGCAUGUCUGCCUAAUGUUUUGUACUUCCAUAGCUCUUCCUCCUCUCCUGCAUUUGUAGCAACCUCCAGCCCCAAAGUUUUUGUUUCCCUACCCAUUUAUGUCACUGUAAAUUUUUUUUCUUCAUUGUGACCAUUCCAGCUCUUUGGCGUUACACCGGCUGUGGACUUAGCAUUCAUUCUGCUUUGGGGGAUGGAAUACAGUACAUCUCAGCACUAGGCCAUUCCAGCCUGUCCUCAGCACCUCAAGACUUUCUCAUGAGCACUGAAAUCCUAGGAUAAUAAGAGCACAGAUUUGCCGCUGUAAGACAACCAACUCUUUUCAGAAAUCAAGUGCUUGUCAUUCAGAUGCUGCCUUAAACUCUCGAGUGCCUAAAUCUGUUGAUUGCCAACACUACCACUUCAGUAUCCCGCAAAGGGCUAUUGGGUCUCAGCUCUGUAUGACCUCCUGAAUCUUUCUACAGUUCUGCAGCUGUUGGUAGCCAAUGGUAGAAGUUUUCUAGAUCUCUACCAUUCUAUAACACAAGGUGCAUUGUGAACGUGACACAUUGAAAACAAAAUACAUGUAUCAAUUUUGUUUUAUGUCUAAUGAAUGUUUUUAAUAGGAUUUUUAUGGAGCCUUUUUUAAUUGUCUAUUUUUUUGAGUUGGGGAUGGGGGAAGACACCAGUUUUUAAUGAACUGCAGUGCUCAUCUGUUUCCAAGUAUGCUUCAUUGUAAGGACCAGUUAAAAAUUGGAGUGAUACUUUGUAAUGAUCUAUGUGCACUUUUAUUUGUAAACAUUGCAAUUUGGACAUGUUUAUACAUGUAAAUAUAGUUGUCUGCAGCACCCCAUCAUUGCUCAUGUUAUUUGUCUGCCAUUUGUGAAUUAUGUUUAUGAAAACAUCAAAUCUAAACAAAAUAGGGUAAUCUUAGUAUAUGGGAAGGGAGUGGGAGGGACAAAGGAACAGUUAAAUUAAGCUUCAUAAAACCAGCUUUUUGCUGUUAGUGGUAAUAUUUAAAAUCCUGCUUUUCUAAGGGUGGGAAUCAAAGCAAUAUUUGGGCACAGCAAUGCUGGAUUCCUUUAGAACUUUUUUCAGUGUUACUAGCAAUUGUACUAUCAGUAAAACUAAAUCUGUGUGACUCUUGUGUGGGAAUUUCUUCCUUUUACUAUUAAAUGUGCCACUAUUACACAGAUGAUAUAGUGUAUUUACAUUGAGGGUGAUAAAACACUAAAGGUUAGUUUUGGGAUAUUGUAAACAGGGUUAUUUAUAAUAAUGUGACCGUAUGCCAUUACUGACCAAACUACAUUGUUCUUUGUUUAAUGCUGGCUUUUUAUUUUAAAAUUCAAAUUAUUAAAUACAAUGAUUAGGUUCUCACUCUUUCAGCCAAGAACCCUAUGGAUUUUGCUAACAGCCAGUUUGAGCUGCUUUUAACACUUCUAGUAAAGGACUAAUAGUUCUUUUGUGCUACUGUUUUUCUAGGGCAGGAUUUGUUUCCUCAGGAGGAUAUUUUCUUUCUGUGGUAUGAAGCAUCCUUAUGAGGGUAGUUAAAUGUAAGGGGAGGAAAAAAUCUUUGUACUUGCACAGUUGGCUAAAAUUAUUUUGAAAUGUUGAAAAUUAAUUGUCUGAGUCAUGACUUUUCAGUAAUUUUUAAUCUUUUGUGCACGUGUUGAUUUUUUAAAUGUUUAAAUGCUUUGUUAAAUAAUAGUGGUUCUCUUCAAAAUAUUUUCAUGGAAUUAAACAAUCUUUUCAUGGCCCUGAUAA